UGAAGCGGUAAGACAUUGGGAGUACUCUUUAUACAAUGCAACGAUUAUUGUUUUUGUUAUCCCUCCAUGCUGUGAUCGGAAGUCUUUCUGUGUUUCCUCUCCUACAGAGAUCUGCAUUUAGCUUGGAAUUUGACAGUGACAGUGAUGUUGAGAUUAUUGGACUGAGCCCCCCAAAUCCACCCUCCAAACGAAGGCGUGUCCUCGAACCUUCAGCCAUCACAUCAGGACCUAUUUACUCCAAUAAGGUCACCCGGAGCCUUCGAAUGAAGCCAUCUGUCUUCAGAAAAACAAACUGCACAGAGGUCAAUGGAGAAGCAUUCAGCAUAAACCUGAGUGACUCUGAGGAGGAGCUAGGACCAGAUAAACCUCGAGAACACAACCAGAAACUGGAUGCCCUGAGCUCGCUCCUGUGUUUAACAUCAAAAACACCUGAAGAUAUUCUAGACGUCAGUGACAUCAACUGCUAUGAUAGGAACAAUGACAUUAUAAUUGUUUCCUCUGAGGAUAAACCGAAAAGACGCACAGCCAAACCUAAGCGCAGAAAACGUGCCCAGGAAAUCUCACUGAAAUUCCGCUGCCAACUGGACGUGCACAAAAUUCCUGUGCUUUCGACAGAUCCUCUGAGCAAGGCUGUAGCUCAGUUAUCUGUCAAACUUAAUGUCCCGCCUUCUAAAAUACUGCUAAUGAGGAAUGAUGCUGAGCUUCCUGUGCGCUCCACAAUCACGCAGUUGGAUCUGGGCAUUGCAGACAUCAUAGACUGUCUCGUGAUAACAGACGACAAAGAAGAUGAAAGCAGCUGUGAUGUCAUCACUGUGCGACUGCAGGGCAAAGAAAAAGGAUCUGCAAAGGAAUAUUCCGUACAAAAGAAUGCUCCUCUGGGGUCCGUCCUGUCACAGUACACCUCAGGUCUGUCUGCCGCUGCUAAGCGCAAAGUCAGAUUUCUGUUUGAUGGGUUAAAGGUGACGCGCAAUCAGACACCUUUACAGCUGGAUAUGGAGGACGGUGAUGUCAUUGAUGUCUGGGCCUAAAUUUUUAAAGCAGUGUUUCAUUUGCCUUUUUUUUUUUACUUUCUGCGGUUUGAAUUUGAG